CUGGAAAAAUUCAUAUAUACAAAAAUUAAUGUAUUAGACAAUCUUGAGAAAUUUUCUCAUAUCAUAAAAAUUUAACAUUCUCAAUUAAAUGUGGGGCAUCAAAUGAUCAAUGCCUAACUUAGCAUACAUGUACAUGUACACUGUACAUGUGCAGUGGAUGACUGUAGCAUUAGCUUGUAGCAAAGACAGACCUACUUCAAGGUUUUUUAGUUUUACAAUCGUGUAUAUUGUACACAGUCAUGUAUGAUGUUCAGUUAUUUUUCAUUAAUUUUGUAUUUUUCCACAGUCUAGAAGAACUUUAUUUCCUUGAGUGUGAUGUAGGCCAAAGUGAAUUCACCCCACCUGGUUUAAUAUCUCUCAACAGAGUCUGUACACCUUUGUUGGGUCCUCCAUUCACUCAUCUUAGACAACCAGAAAGAUCAGUGUUUUUUGGAGAUAUUUCUCCUAAAGACAGACCUGAGUUUUAUGUCAAGUGCAUCCACAGUGUAUAUCAAACAUACGCUGACAACUACAGGAGAAAAAUUCCAUUGAUUGUGAACACACAGGGCUGGGUAAAAGGUAUGGGAGUACCGCUACUGCUGGAUGUGAUACGAAUUGUACAGCCUUCCCACAUUAUACAGUUUAAUUACACAUCUCAAGAAAACACAAACAAGAACUUGCCACCUUUAACAGAAGAUUUUUUGAUGAAUACACCAGGAUGGGCGUUUGUUGUUGACGAUGAAAAAAAUUAUUCAGACAACCAAAGAGAUAGUACAGAAAACUCGGAGGGAAAUCCAAACGACAAGUCCAGCCUGCCAUGUGUUCCUGAUAUUUUACAAAUCGACAGUGUAUCUGAAUCAAUAGGAGAUCCAUGCACGGCUAAAUUUUCAGCGUCUGACCAGCGAUCUUUGACACUGCUGUCGUAUUUUAGUAGAAUUAAAAUGAACGAAGAACUUUGCGGUCCUUGUAAAGAUGCCUCGCCCGUCGGAAUGGCAUCUUUACUGUCGUGUACUCCUUACCAGAUCCCUUGGAGCUGUCUGGCAAUACACGUUUUACAUACCGAGGUUGCGUGGAACCAGAUUUUGUACGCAAUCAACGCAAGUAUUGUGGGGCUGGCACAAACCAGAUCAGAUCAGGUAUCAAAAAUAAACAUCUUUCUAAGCUUACAGUCUUUUUCUAAGCGCUAGUUUUGAAGGGGGUCUGGACGCCACUCUUGCAGUAGCGUUACUCGUCUCAGGCU